AUGACUCACAAGAAGAAGACCCACAAGAUGACCCACAAGACCCACAAGAUGACCCACAAGGUGACCCACAAGAUGAUUCACAAGAAGAUGACUCACAAGAUGACCCACUAGAAGACUCACAAGAUGAUGACCCACAAGAUGACCCACUAGAAGACUCACAAGAAGAUGACCCACAAGAAGAUGACCAUCAAGAUGACCCACUAGAAGACUCACAAGAAGAUGACCCACUAGAAGGCUCACAAGAAGAUGACCAACAAGAAGAUGACCCACAAGAUGUG